AGAACGCCCUCAAACCCUGAAGUACGACUGUCAACAUGCUUUUGACAUUUUUUCUUUUCGUUUUACUAUGGCAUGAGACAGUCACCUGGGGGCUGAAGAAUGGAAUAUUGCACAACUCAAUAUGGUUAGAACAAGCAGCUGGUGUUUAUCACAGAGAAUCACGCAAAGGAAAAUACCAGCUCACCUUGAAAGAAGCUAAAGUGGUCUGUAAAUAUGAAGGAGGCACCCUUGCAACAUAUAACCAGUUAGAGUUAGCUCAGCGUAUAGGAUUUCAUAUAUGUGCAGCUGGGUGGCUUUCAGGAGGGAGAGUUGGAUAUCCAAUAGUAAAACCUGGAGCCAAUUGUGGAGGUGGAAAAACUGGUAUCAUUGACUAUGGACAUCGAGUGAAUAAAUCAGAAUUAUGGGAUGCUUACUGCUACAAUCCACAUGCAAAACAAUGUGGUGGUGUUCUAACAGAUCCAGAACGGAUUAUCAAGUCUCCAAAUUUCCCAGAUGAGUAUGAGGAUCAGCAGGUCUGUUACUGGCACAUUCGACUUAAGUACAAGCAACGCAUCCAUUUACGGUUUCUGGAAUUUGAUGUAGAAGAUGACCCAUCUUGCUUGUCUGACUACCUGGAAGUAUAUGACAGUUAUGAUGAUUUGCUAGGCUUCGUUGGCAGGUUUUGUGGAAACAAAUUACCAAGUGACAUCAUCAGUACAGGCAAUGUUAUGACUCUGAAGUUCUUGUCCGAUUCUUCAGUUACAGCAAAAGGUUUCCAACUUACCUACAACGCCAUCAUUCUGCAUGCUCCAGCCUCAACUGACCUGACAGAAGACAGCAAAAGUGAAAUAAAUUACCCUGUUUCCUAGGCAAUCAAAUCAAACUCACUUUGGAAUGAAUUCAGUUAAUUGUCUCAUAAGUGAUCAAAGAUAACCUUGGAAUCUCUUAUCUCUAACAAUUAUAGUCUUAACCUAGCAUUUUGAAAGCGAUGCAUCAAACACAAACUUGAUUUAGAUUUAGCUUUUCUUGAUAAUUGAGUUCCUUAAAUUUUCUACAUUUUCUCUAUAAUUGGUCACAACAUAAUGCACAAGGCUAGCUACUGACAGAAAGCUUGUGUGCGCAACUAUCUAGGAAUGUUCAAUGUCCCUCUACUUAAUACUUAAUUAUCUUAUUUAAAAGAUAGUCUGUCUAAUUUAAUAAGCAUCAAUAAACAAGUACUACCAGUUCCAAUAUAUGUUUCAAUCCGAGUGCCUGGAAAUCAGAAGCAUUGAGCAUUCCUUUAAUAUAUUUAUCUUGUUUUUGCCAAACAUUGCCCAGUUAACUUGCUAUUACCCCUAGCUGCAAAUGCAUCUUAAAGUUGUGCCUCAUACAAAAUAUUUUUAAAAUAUAUUUUCUAUUUGUUUCUAA